CGGUGAAGAGGUUGGCGUUUUAAGACGGGAAAAUCCCAGUUGCUUUGCUAAACUUGGCAGAAAUUCUGAUAUUUCUCUGGUUUUGCCGGUAAGUAAGCUCCCCGCGAUUUGAUUCAUUGUGGGUUUGUUAAAAUUUUUGUCAAAAGUCAAGCGGAUUCAUAAGCAAACUUAUCCACGAUCGAAAGCCAUUCAAUCACGGGAAGUUUUGCUCGUAGAACUAUGAUUCUGUCGUUAUGAAAAUUGGGAGAAACUAGAGGGCCUCAUUUGAUGUUGCAGUUGAUAAUACGUAGCGAAGAGUCGUAGAGACAGUUGAAGGCUAUUAGAUGGUUCAAGGCAACUUGCCAACAUGGCGAAUUUUGAUAUUACUAGUCAUUCUUGUAAUAAAUUAUUUCGAAAUCGAGCACGAAACGGAGUAAAACAACUGUGACAACAACUGAGGGAAUAAAUUAAAUACCUUUGCCUCUGGUAGAUAGAAAUAGGUAUUUAUUGAAAGAAAUUUGACACCUAGAACUAGAAAUGAGCUAAAAUACUUGAGAAGUGGAAAAAGAAAACAACGGGAAGUACCGCUUAAUUAAAGGUUAACCUUGCAACCGAGUUACUUCGCAUAUGUUUUUUAGUAUAAUAUACAACUAUCCCCCGAAAGGGAGGUUGAAUAGUGGAAGAUAUUCCGAGACGCGAAGCCUUGAGGCAUAUAUCUCGCGCUGUUCGACCCUGAGAGGGAUAGUUGUUUUAGUAUUUACCAAUUCAGUGGGAUAAAAAUGGAAAAAGUAAUUUUUUGUAAAUUAAAAACGUCACUUAGUAGGAACUUUGUUUACAAUUUACAAACAUUUCGGGAAUUUUGCUAAGUGCACUUCUUACAAUUUUGUUGCAAAUUCAGCGUGAAAAUAAUUUUCUACCUACCAGUAAACACCGACAAGCCAAAGUUCGGCGCUUUCUUGGUAUUUGUUUGUACGACUGCUUCAUUUAUCGCUCAAAUUUCAUCUACCGAAAAUGUCUUAAAGCGAGACGCCAUAUUGGCUCUGGUCGCAAAACGGUGAAUAGCCGAGGAUAUUCCAAGUUACAGGAGCCAAUCAAAACGUGCGAAAAUUGCUAUUCACUGAUUUUGUAAAUACUAAACUGAACUACCAAGGGAACACAAAUUUGGCUACCCACCCAGGUUAAGUCAGGUUAGGUCUUCACGAGUUGAAAACAAACACCUAGAUUUGUACUUUCUACCUGGUCAGCUGUUGUGUAUUGCAAGUGGACGCAUUUGAGUUUUACCAGUGCUUUUGCUGUAAAAAUAUGAGAUUGUCUAAAAGUAAGUUCAAGACCCAAGAAAGAAAGUAACAUUUGAAAGACUGUCAAUUCUCAAGGUUACCCUAAAUUUCCCUAUUAUAAGCCCUCCUUGUUAUAGGCCCAUCUACCUGUAAACAACAACAAAAAAAUACUCUGAUUAUACAGCUCUCCUGGAUGUAACACCCUCUACAUGGUUCACACACAGCUUGAACGUCCUUGAAUUGUAAAAUAAAAAUUCAAGGCCCUCAAAGUGCUUGAAAAUUAUAUUAGGUGCUUGAAAGUCCUUGAAUCUCAGGUGCUAACUUUUUCCAGUCCAGCAAACACAGAAAGACCUUUAGGAUAAAAUUGCUCAUGUUGUGAAGAACUAAAAAGGACCUAGACUCAAAGGCCUAUUUGUACUGAAUGGAGUCCUUGAAAGUCCUUGAGUUUUUUGUUCAAAGCAGGGUAUGAACCCUGCCUCUGGCUUGUAUUUAAAGGAAUUUGAUAAAUUUUGACUUUUUAAAGCUUGAUUAAAACCUGUAAAUGCAGAAUGUUUUUUGAUCAGCACUGGGCUUGGACGCCAAACCAGGUCAGACUGCCAAUGUUAGUUCAACCCUUCCUUACCUGACCGCAGCUUACUGAUAUCUGCAUGCAUUCACUUCACUACUGCUUGGUUGUACCAAGGGUGUGACAAAUAUUCUAAUACCAUGAACUGCCACUUAUAAGCCCUGGGCUUCUGCAUCUUACUUAGAGGUCUUAGGAGGGCUUAUAAAAGGAGAGGCUUAUAAAAGAAAGUGCUUUGAAACAAGCCAAAGCAGGAACAUACUGAUUAGGGGUGUUCUUUUUGGUGUUCGUCUUAUAACAUUUCAGACCAAAAAACUUUGCUAACACAUCUCAGAUGCAAGCAAGGCUUGAUAAAGAUCUGGAAUUCCAGCUUGUCAUUAGGGCAAGCGUCUCUUACAUUUUGCUUGCUUGACUCACUGAGUGAAUUGCUUGCUUGUCUUAGUUAAUAAUUUAGUUGAAAGAUGACUUGCAUGGAUCUUUCCCCAUUGGUCAAGCGAGUUUUAAUAGUCUCUUUCCCAGCCUGAAAAUCCACCAGUCCUAGACUUUUUGUGAGGCCUGGUAAGAAAUAUAUCAUAUUCUGUAAACACCUGUGAAAUCCUAGGUAAGCUUCAUGCGAUUUGUUCACACAUAAAAAUAACAUGUUAUCUUUGUACAGGAAAAAAAUGACCAUAAAAAUUUGCUAUUUCUACAUAAUAAGUCUUGUCUCCCCGGCAAAAGUAUGUUUAAGUGAAAUGGUUUGGUAUUUCAUCAGGUGUUUAUUUAAUAAAUCAAGCUUGGAGAUACAAAAUUCCUGUUUUCGUGUUGAAGAUAUUUCACUUACUUGCUGCUUAAACUAAUUGUGAAAUAACACCUCAAGAGAAAGUUCAUAUCUCUGUGCAGCCAUGUAAUAUGCUCUUUUCCAGGUGGAAAGAUUGAUUGAUUUGUGACAAAAUAGUGCAAAAAUUGAAAUCUGCUACUUAAAGAGAAUGCACAGUAUUCUUUGAAACCUCAUAUUUCACAUUGGGACAUCGCUCACCAGCUUACAUGAAGUCCUACUUCCCUGAAAGCUCUUUUGAGCUGCACUAAGAUUCUCCAAUGAUUUUCCUUUGUUCUGUGUUUUGUAGACAAAGAUCAUGGAUUGCAACAACCUUACUGACCUCUUGGAAGAAGUACAUUCUCAAGUAGACAUGCUGCAAAAGGCAGUUGCCCAAGUUAGUCAAGUUAAGGCAAGUUUAAAAACAACAGCCUCUGAAGUGAAGUCUCAGAUUCGCGACAGUGUCAGCCGUCAUCUAGAAGCCUUACGGAACAGAGAAACCUGGUUGUUGGGGCAAGUGGAAGUGGUACAGCAUAUCAAAGAGGAUAUGUUGCGACAACAGCAAGCUGAACUCAACAAGGCUCUUGGCAGACUGCAGUCCACUUGUUCCUUGCUUGAGCAAAGCAGUAAAGCUCUUGACACAGACAGCUUGGAGUGUCGGGUCAGCGAAAGCUUAGAAUCUGUUGGCCAGCUGAGCCUGAUACCUGAGGAAACCAGUGCCAUCAACUUUGUGGCUCGGAAUUUUGAGCUCCAAGACUCCAUUCACAAAUAUGGUGUGGUCAUCUCUGAUCAUCCUUUUGCUGAUAAGCAGAUGGUGUCUUCUUGUGAAAGGCUUCAGUUGAGUUCUGGUAAGAAACUAGCAUUCUUCACCCCAUCUGGUUCUUGUGAGGACUGGCUUAUGAAGACAAAUGCUGGUAGUGCUUGUCAGGACACCCCAAAGUCCCAUGCUGUGAUGUCCAACAUCCAGGACUGGCUGCAGCCUAAAGAAGCUUCAGUUGUCUCUGCCACAGAGAGCUCAGUCACUUCUAUGCCUCAGCAGAAUGUAGAGAACUGGCUAGCCAAAUGUCAGUCCCAGGAUGCUGUAAAAGAUAUAGAGGACAUUGCAGAAAAUCCAGGAAAAGCUGUUGCUGUUACAGAGAACAACGCCACUGAAAUCCAAAACUGGCUUCUGAAGACUCAAGGGACCAACUCAGCUGCUUCCCUGCCCCCUGCUAACUUGUUUGACUACUACAGAGUUGUUAGAUUGUCAGAGUCAAGCAAGUGGUUAAAGAGCAAUGCUGGAAGUGCUAAAGACAAACUUUCCACCAGUGUCAUUGGUGACACCUACAGCAAGAUUGCUGCUUCAAGUCCUGAUAAGUGGCUCAUGCAGAGGAAAUUACCAGUUGCUUCCAGCUCCGCACUGGUCAGAAGCAUCAGCUCUCAGUCAUGUUCAGAGUGUUCCUGUGGUUUGUCUUCAGGGUGUUGUGAUGCUGAUGCUCAAGAAAAAUCUGGCAAUUUUGAUGAUACCUCAAGUGAGUUUUCUGAUUGGUUGGCAGUGAAGAGAGUUGACACCAACAGAAGUUCAUCCCCUGAGAGAGUAUCAACUGAAGUUGCUGGCAACAAUACAUGGCUCAUCAAACAACAUGGUGAGAUCAGCCAACAUGAAACCAUGGAUGUUACUGGCAUUAAGAAUUACAGAGAGAAUCUAGCCUCACAAUCCAACGAGCACUGGUUGAAACAUGAAGGCAGUUCCUUGCUUCCUGACAACAAUAAAGAUAGCGAGGGAAUAACAAGUGGCAUGAAGGCUUACAUUGACUCUCUUCCUGUUGAUAACAACCAGUGGUUGUUAAAUCCACCCGAGGAUGAUGGCCUUUGUAAGUGGCUUGCCCGCAGAUCAUCUGAGAAGUGUAAAGAGUGCCCAAGAAUGUGUUCCAAUGGCCUCUUCAAGAUCUUUGGAGAAGUAUCCAGUUCUAAAGGUGGCUGGCUUAUGUCUCAAGAACUUUACUAA